UACCCUUGUCGAGGGUAGACGGUUUUGAAGCCUUCGGGAAUAAAGUUUGAUCUGUGAAUUUGAAGUUUCAUAUCUUAAAUGGCAACACCAAAACGACUAAAACCGGAUGAUAACACCAGUUGCGUGUUCAAAUUCCGUAAAUGGUGCCGCAGUCGACGCUGUCAGCUGUGGAGGCUGCUGCUUCUCCCCUUCAUACCUAUCCUGGCUCUGAUUGUUCAAACCACCUUCUCCUUAAAGAACAGCCUCACUAAUGGCAUGGAAGUUGCUGAUGUCGAAGAACAGGUCAGCAGAGCUACUGAGUUAGGGAAACUGGUGACCAGGUUGCAGCAGGAGAGGUCUGAAGUUGCAUUCUUUAUAUUCACCAAUGGAAGUACUCUGAGGUCAAAUUUAACGCAACGCUUUGCUGGCACGGAUAGCGCUAUCGAGCAAAUGGGAGAAUUACCGCCUUUGACCUUCAAAAAUAGAGCUGUUAUUGACGGACAGGAGUUUGUAAAUGAACUCGCUGAUCUGAGAGCAAAAAUAAAUUCCGGGACGUCGAUGACGGAGGUUGUGGAGUGGUAUACGAACGCCAACGCCGCACUCCUCACACACCUCACCAAGGAAAUCAAGGACACUGAUAGCAGUACCAUAUGGAGAUAUUUGGUUGGUUUUAAAAAUUUGCUUCGGAGUGUUGAAUGUAAGGGCAUCGCUUCUGUGUUGGGCAUAAAUUACUUCGCGAGGGGUUUUCUACAGCCACGAGCACAUGAAAAAUAUAUAAGCCACAUGGUUUUAGGAAGGGAUCUUCUUGACAAUACUUUGAAUCUGGUGCCAUCCCUCAUUCCGCUCCUCAUAGACAUAAAAGAGGACAGUCCAGAGUACCAGGUUCUAGAGAAGAAGAAUCAACGAAUUGUUGAUAACAAGCCCCACGCUGGUAGUGUCGGCGAGGCAAUAGAAUACUUCGACCAAACCGCGACUUUGCUCGGAAAAUUAAGAGCUGUUCAGAAGCAAUUAAGAGAAUACAUACGUGAGGGCGUCAAUGAAAGUCUCCGAGAAGCUCGCCGCAGUGAGGCUAUAUGUGGUGGUAUAUUGGUGCUAGUGUGCGUUGUCUCACCUAUCAUUAUAGCAUUGGUGAGGAAUGCCGUCAAUACUAUACAGAUAUACGCCCGCAACCUGUCAGAGAAAGCAAGGGAAUUGGAAUAUGAAAAGGAAUUGAGUGAUUCUCUGCUUUACCAAAUGCUGCCAGCCAGCGUUGCCAAACAGCUGAAGCAAACGCAACAGGUGCCCGCUGAAUUCUUCGCGUCAGUGACCGUGUACUUCAGUGACAUAGUUGGCUUCACAGCUAUCGCUGCCGUGUCUACACCCUACCAGGUUAUAAGCUUUUUGAACUCCGUGUACAAACUGUUCGAUGAACGCAUCGAGUGCUACGAUGUUUACAAAAUAGAAACAAUUGGUGACUCCUACAUGGUAGCGUCAGGACUUCCCGUCAGGAACGGUAACAAACAUGCAACAGAGAUCGCCAGCAUGGCUUUGGAACUGCUUGAGGCGACCUCUAUCUGUCGUCUCCCUCACCGGCCCGAUCAGGCUCUUUGUAUGCGGAGCGGUAUCCACACGGGUCCUUGUGUAGCUGGGAUCGUUGGCAGCAAAAUGCCACGUUACUGUCUCUUCGGUGACACUAUCAACACCGCCAGUAGAAUGGAAAGCACAGGGGAGCCGAUGAAAAUUCAAAUAUCAGAAGACGUUAAGUUGGCGUUGGACAAAACUGGACUCUUCAUCACGACACCUAGAGGAGUUGUUGACGUGAAGGGCAAAGGUGAAAUGACGACCUACUGGUUGAAUGGAAGGACUGGCCCGUCUCCAGUCCGGCCUCCUGCUUCCUCGUUGGACUGUACUCCAAGCUUUCUCACCCGCAUCCACUCACAGCGCCGCAGUUCACCUCGAUACCAACCCAACCAGAGCUAGAACACACUUUAGACG